UUGCUUGCCAUCCAGUCGGUCCGCAGCCUUCGCGGAGUGCGAACGUCAAUUGAUAUGAUCACCGCUCGCAGCAUAUGAACUCACGCUGCGGUAGGGUAACGAUAAAAUUAUGACUUUUGGAGCUGAAGAAGACGUUCGAGUAAUAAAGGAGUUUCAUAGGAUUGUUUCAAGGUAUUGGGAAAUCUCCGGUGCGAGUGCCGAGAGGCGUGAAAAACUAUAAAAACAGUGUGACUGUGUUGUGUUUUUUUUAAUGAAAAUGGUGCCCCAACAAGUGUCGGAUGUUCGGUCCAUGUCGCCGACUUCGAGCGCCGGCCCGGUGUUCGGUUCCCAGUUGGUGGACAAAAACUCGUCCACACCUUAUACGGAUGCUACACAGACGAAGAAGAACAACCCCAACCACAUCAAAAGGCCGAUGAACGCGUUUAUGGUGUGGUCCCAAAUCGAGCGCAGGAAAAUUUGCGAACAAACCCCCGACAUGCACAACGCGGAGAUCUCUAAAAACCUGGGCCGCGUUUGGAAGACCCUUAACGAUGUGGAGCGUCAGCCCUUCAUAGAUGAAGCUGAAAGGCUCAGGCAGCUACAUAUGAGGGAAUACCCAGAUUAUAAAUAUAGGCCUCGCAAGAAGGCAGCCAAGCCCGCACAGCGUACUGGAGCAGUCUCAAAACAAAAGCGCAAGCAGCGAGCCGAUUCUAAUAACAACAGAGGAGUAUCUAGAAGACGGUCGAGGCCUACACCUCCGUCCGUCCCUAGCGUACCAGUAGAAACACCAGCGCCUACAUUAUUGCCGUUACCAGCAUCUCCAGCAGGCUCUCCAGAUUCUCCAGAAUCCGCCUGCUUUUACGAAGACAGCAGUCGCCGAGAGCAAUCAGACCUCACCGAUCUGUACUCUAUCACGGACCUGCUACCACUGCCGACGGACUGUGAAGUCGACCUGGACGCGCUCACGGACAUGGAGUCGUUCGAAACGGCUUCUUCUUCCUCAGGCUCCCACUUCGAGUUCUCGUGCACGCCGGACGUGUCUGACAUGCUGAGUGAGAUUGGCGUGGCGGGCGACUGGGUCGACCACACGUUCUCGUCGUACCUCACGUCCUCUUAGAGCGCGAGCGGGUCGCCACGGCCGCAGCCGUUCCACUGAUCUCAUGCGUUCGGCCCUGUGCCCACCAGGCCGACGACGCGGCGACCGCUGCCGCCCCGCCUAGAGAGUGCCUACAUCCAAAAUGACGUGUCGAUUUGGAUUCAAUGUACAAAGUUAUUUAAUAAGGAUCGAGGGUGAACUUUUGUUUUAGUGAUCAACCAACCGUUCGCGGUCGAAUUCUUCAUGAGUUCUUAACUUUGGUUUCUUUAGUUUGUUUAGAAAUAAAAUCGAAUGCUCCGUGCGACGACGUCGCCAUCGUAUCGGGUUUAAAAACAUAGGCUGUGAGUUGGUUCUCGUUUUACGUCGCUUUCGUUUAAAUUUAAUGGGGGUAAUUUCCAAAGAUCACGGCACGUCUCAGAUGCGUAUCAGUACAGAAUCCGUCUCCUCUCCGUCGCUGGUCGGACCGGUCCGGCCCGGUCCGAGCCGGGUCCGGCAGCCGCGUCCGUGUUCUACACGUGUACAUUACUCGACUUGGCUUCUAGUGCAUGCUGAACCGAUAAGUUUGCGGUAAACUACACUCUUCAUUUUAUUAACAUUUUGUACUUUAAGGGCAAUCGUCAUUUUUACUUUGGAAGUGUCUUAGAUGAAAUAAUUAUGUAUCAUUCGAUGAAUAGAAAAAUAAGACUAGAAUAGUCAUGUUUGUCUUGCGUUCCAUUUACUGUACGUAAGUUCACUUUAUACUUUGAUGCACGUAGAUGAUAGUUUGAGAAUUAUAUUUUUUAUGUCGGAAGCUAAUCGGUAUGUCAUUGAAAGAAUUUCGGAAUGCGGGAAUUUUGAGAAUGUUAUAGAACGGGUAGAGCCCCCACUGUUGUCCUUUUGUAAACAGCCGCGCGGUCGCUUUAGCAGCUCUAAGAUUUCAUUUCGCCGCGCGACUUUGUAAAGUAGGGGCUCACGGGUGAGAUUUCUAUUCGAGUUGGUAUUGCUAUUAUGUAUGUUAGAAUGUUAAGGUAAGAUAUAAUCUCUGUUCAAUGGUAAGGCAUGAAAUUAAAAAUGUAUAGUAACGACGGCACCCAAGAUUGAUGCGUAGGGACACUUUUCUUUCUUUCUUCACGCAAAUCUUUUGAACACAAACGUCUAUAGAAAGAUACAUAUCAAUAAAGGGAUGUAUUGUAUCGCGGGACGGUGAAUAUAAGUCGGUUCGACAUAUGCGUCAGGUUUCACUCAAAAUGUUUUGCUAUUUCAAACUCUGUGAUUUACUUUAUGGAUUUUCUAAAUUGUAAGGUUCUAGUGGAGACUGAUAACGCUAUAGAUUAGUUUUAGCCGCGCUAGCUUCUCAGAAUUUUAAUUUUUAAAACUGGUGAUUAUACGGUGCUCUUGCAGCUCUUUGUGAUUAGGUGCGAUGCUUCUCAUUUUUACUUAGUCUGAGUCAAAACGUCGAAUAAUGAUUACUUCAAAGUUAAAAAGCAUUUACUGUUUGCGUUUUGUUCUGAAUUUAGUAAUAGUUUUUGUCUUACCCAACUGAAUCACAAAGAGUUCCUUGAGCACUGUGUAAAUAAAUUCACCUUGUACCUAUUUUUGAUAAUUUGCAUUAUUGUGGGAAUCUGGUCACAUGAUCAAAUAAUGAAAAUGAUGUAAAUGAUGCAACACCAGAUGAUAUAACUGAUUAAGUUAUUAAAGAUAAUGAAACAGAGUCCCACAGUAAUGCAGAAACUAAAUUGUAAAUUGUCGCUAAAGUCUGUCAAUUCAUUGAAAAUGGUGUCAGUUAGUUAGAAGGUAAUGUUUACAAGAUAAUUCCGCAGUCAUGUAAGAGUCAUUAAGAUUGAUCCUUCUAAAAUUACUAUUUCAAGUGAAAUCAAUAUUUGUAGGAUAUCUGUGUCCUUCAUAAAGUAAGGGAUCCGUUGUGGAAGAAAAUGCUUUACCAAUAUUAUUAUAUUCUUAUAAAUAUAUAUGUAAAAAAACGAGUUCAUGUAUAACUUAGUAAGUGUCUAUGAAAUCUAAUUAUUUAAAAUGCAUAAAUACAUACAUGUUAUCUAUACAUUAAUAUUACUGCAAAACUGUAAGUUAAACUGUCUUGUGUGUUCUAGGGCGAUAUUAUUAUAUUAAUAAUACAUUAUAAGAAUGAAAAGGGAAUAAAAAAAAAUUGUGCCUAAUAAUGUCUUGGAACUCUUCUAUGUAUAUUUUAGUGAUGCUCAACAACUAUUUUUAAGCGCGUAGUGUUCUGUAGAUGCUGUCAAAAUAUCUAAUAAUAUAUAAUAACUACGAGUAAGAUUUUCUUUAACGCCAGAUAUGCAUUUUCUACUAGUUUUGCUUCAUUAAUAAUAAUCAUAUUGGGCCUUGAAGAAAUUAUUACAUCACUUUUUUAUAAAACUUUGAACAUUUUGAAGUAAUUUCUUUAAGGUCAUUAUAAAGCAUAUUUUUGCUACGUAAAACGUCCCUCCAUAAUUUUCAAAAUUUUGACAAUAAUGUAUUGUUUCCAUCACAUUCUUGAUCUGGAGUUGUUCUUCACAAAUAAAUGCUAAGUUACUCUUUUUUUACUUUUAUACGCUAAUGCUUUUUUUUAUGACAAAUACAAAAUCGUAACAAAAUACAAAAUCCAACGAGAAAAAGCAAUACUUAAAAGUCUUAUAGAAGAGUAGAGAGAUAACCAACGCUCAAAUUUAGAAUUUAAUAUGUCCUCAGCUAAUGAAAAUAACUUAAUAGUAAACAUAAUUACAGAUUUUAACAAUGUGGUUCAUUUUGAUCUUAACAAUUAUAAAAA